AUGGCAGCACCAGCCCCCACUCCGGCGCCGGCGCCCCAGGUGGUCGAGCGUGCCACCAGCUGCACCUUUUCCGGCGCCAACGGUGCCGCCGCCGCCAGUGCCUCCCAGCAGGCCUGCCCGACCAUCGUUCUCUCCAACGUGGCCGUCCCGGCUGGCAAUUCGCUGGACCUGUCGAACCUCAAGGACAACACGCACGUCAUCUUCGAGGGCGAGACCACUUGGGGCUACUCCGAGUGGGCCGCGCUACCCUCAACGCCAACGGUGCUCGCUGGUGGGGAUGGCAAGGGCAGCAACAGCGGCAAGACCAAGCCCAAGUUCUUUGCUGCUCACGGCCUGACCAACGCCAACAUCAACAACCUGCACAUCCUCAACACCCCUGUGCAGGCUGUCAGCAUCAACGGUGCCAACGGCCUCACCAUCACCGACAUGACCAUCGACAGCUCCGAUGGUGACUCGCAGGGCGGCCACAACACGGACGGCUUCGACAUCAGCGACAGCACCAACGUCGUCAUCAACGGCGCCAAGGUCUACAACCAGGACGACUGUGUCGCCAUCAACUCCGGCACUGAGAUCACCUUUGAGAACGGUCUCUGCUCUGGUGGCCACGGUCUUUCCAUCGGCUCUGUUGGCGGCCGCUCUGACAACACCGUCCAGACCGUCACCUUCUACAACAGCCAGGUCAAGAACUCCGUCAACGGUAUCCGUGUCAAGGGUACCGAGGGCACCACUGGCAAGAUUGCUGGCGUCACCUACAACAAGAUCACCCUGUCCGGAAUCACUGGACACGGUAUCCUGAUUGAGCAGAACUACAAGGGCGGCGACCUUGUCGGCACGGCCACCAGCGGUGUCCCCAUCACUGACCUGACCAUCGAGCACAUCAUCGGUACUGGUGCCGUCUCCAGCUCUGCUUACGACGUCAUCGUCACCUGCGGCAGCUCUACUUCGUGCACUGGCUGGACCUGGACUGACGUUAACGUCACCGGUGGCAAGAAGUACGCCUCUUGCACCAACGUCCCCAGCGGUGUCUCCUGCUCGUAG